UUUGUGCGUUUACUCCCUGGGAGAAAUAGGAUUAAUAAAAGGCGAAAAUAAAAUAGUGGCCAGUGUUUAUGCCCGCAUGUCACAGUGUGUCGAUGUUGAUCUCCAGGCUUUGAAGGGGCUCGGGUCGCCGCGCGAAGGGGUCGGCUCGAAGUUUGCCCGCAUUACUGCUAUCCAUCAAUUUAAAGCGGAUAGGCAGCUGAGCACUAGACUAGUCAUAGACGCAUUUUGCUUUUUCAGCUCGCAGAAAUGGGGCAUUUUCAAUAUUACAAAGGAUAUUACGAUUGUCGUCGUUGGGGAUUCUCUCGAGGGUAUACAAUCUCGUUGAGAAGGCACGAUGGUUGAGUUAUCAGUCGGUGAAGUUUCUGGCCUGGUCGCUGCGGGGGUCUUCUUGGUUCAAAUCUUCUUCCCGUUGGCAAUAUCUGCCAUAUUGAUCGCCUUUGUCUCGGAAGAGAAUAACCUAGUGACAUGGUCUGUUCUUGGCCGGUAUCUGCAUUCAACCUUCUGGCCCACCAUCCUCAGCACUGAUGCUGCCGCAGACACGGCCGUUCGGAGGCGAGUCUUCAGGACAGGUUGGGUCCAGACAAUCGCUUUGAUAUUAGUCUCCGUGGCUUCUAUUGUUACUCCGUUAGGCCUGUAUGAUGUUGUUGAGCCUCCGAAAUUGCAGACCAAUACGCCAUUCACUUACAUUGAGGAUCAUUCUGCAUUUGGUUACGGAACGCCGCCCCGGUCUGAUGCACCCUUCACUAGAGUCUGCGAGGGCACCAAGAUAGCCUGUCCAGGCACUACCAGGACAGACAACUGCACGACAAAGGGGUUUGCCGAAGUGUGUACUGUAGAUUAUGACGUCAGGAUUCCUGACGAUUUGAAAGAGCUCUUUAGAGAUGGGCCGUCUAGUUUCGGUGCCACUGUCUCUAGCAUAUUUGACAUCCAAUGGAGGUCCUAUAAAAAUGCGUUAGGGUCUAUGAUUGGGCCGUAUCUAGAGCCAGCAUCGCGACAAUUGGCCCUGUUGGUUCUCGAUGAUACUGUGAAGCCUUACGAGGGGCUAAUAGUCGACAUGAAAGAAGGGGGGAUUGGGUUCCGCAACCACACUAUACCGCGUCCCACUUAUCAAUAUGGGAGCACGUGGGAUGAAGACAUCCUGUUCGUCGAGCCAGAGACGCAAUGCGUGAAUACAAACCUUACCCUCGAUUUCACUCUCCCCGACGAUGACACCUCGCACGACUUUGUAGAAAAGCUUUUCUUGACAGACCGCGGUGGAUUUUCGGGCUUGGCCCGAACCAGUCCAAACUAUGCUGUGCCUCCAAAUGGACAGGAUAUAAAUCUUCGGGAGAGAGCAUACAAGGCUGCCUGGCUGAAUAACUUCUACACAAUGGUGUACUUCAACAUCACUGACUUCGAUCGGACGAAUAUUACGCGCAUAGAUACCGUGGAAGGCUCAAAGUAUCCCAUCAGAACUGACGAGACCACUACCAAAUUUCGGGUAAGCCAAGAUGUUAUCAGGGCAAGCAUGAUUUUUGGGCAGUACCUCAAUCUCGAUAGUCCUCUACCCGGUGGUAAUGCAUCCCAGUCACACAUAAACCCAUUCAAUAUCAGCUCGGAUUUCUUUCAAUUCGUCACCACCACUUGUGCCGGGACCUCGCCAUCUAGCCCUCCGAAUAUCAACGGCUCCGUUGUAGGGUGCGCCCUUCUAUAUGGCGCGGCCAAGCGCACUGACGGUGGUUCUUCACUUGUCUUCGACCCGCGGUCGACCUGGUCUACCCCGAUCUAUAGCUGCGCCACGGCAGUCAAAGCCACCAUCAGGACCACUUCCUUCCAGUACAAUGGUACCACUCUCAGCUCUCUAACCAUCAACGAGACCCACCCAAAAUCCUACCCAGAACCCUCCAACCUCCCCCUCUGGGGAGUCGAAGACCUGAAAGCACCCUUGACCAUGGAAGGCACUUCACCCCUCUGGGGCAUCCUCGGCCAAGCCAACACCACCCUCCCCCCAACCCCCUACAACAUCUCCACAAUCGCCGCCUCAAGCCUCUACCUCCCCGGCUACCUCGACUGGGGCGGCUCGAAAGGUCUCAACACCAUCCCCAUCGUCCCCGGCCAAAACCUCCCCGGCACAAACUUCUACGCCCAAGCCCUCAAAAACGCCCUCACCAUCACCAAGCCCGGCGGCACCAUAUCGGAAUCCAAAGCCGACAAUGGCUGGAACGGCGGCGCUGAUUUCUCGGGGUACACCAGCCUCGCGCUCUUCGCUAAGUGGCAGCAGCUGUCGCGCACUCCUGAAGACGCGGCGAAAAUAAUAAACCUCAUCUGGACGGAUGUCUCGGCGAAUACGGUUGUUGGAACUAAGGGAUGGGGCCUCACUUCCGCUGCUGCUGUAGCGAGGGCGGCGAAGGUGGGCGCGCGCGCUGACCCGGCGCCGCUCGUGACGGAAGUCGAAGUCCCGAUUAUCAUAUACAAGAUGUACAUCCGUUACCGGAUCCCGUUUGCUGUGCCUGCAUUCCUGGUGCUAGGACUGACUGUCACGGUGCUGAUUGCGCUUAUUGUGUUGUUGAUUUCUGGGCGGACGGGGCCGAAGCUGAUGAGAAGGUUCUUGGAGGAUAUUUCGGUGGGGAGGGCGAUGGGGGUGUUGUUGUGGCCGGAGAAGAAGAGGGGAUUGGGGACGGAGGAGUGGAUUGAAAGUGUUGGGACGAGGAGGGUGAGGAUUGGGAGGGAGGGGAUUGCAAAGGAGGAGGAGAGUUUGGUGGGUGGGGAGGAGAGGAAGAGUGGGGAGUGGAGGGGGAGUGGGGAGGGAGGGGAGACGAGGAAGAGGGUUGUUGUGGAGGAUGUGGGAGAGGUUGGUGAUGGUGAUAAUGGUGUAUAAUGUGUUUACAGAAUGGGCUAGAUCUGAAAAUAAAAAGGGUGCGUAUUAUUAUAUUUAUCGCAUAUAUUGUACAAUAUAUAUAUCGAAAAUAUUAGAGUAGUAAGCGGAUAUUAAUUGAAACUAAUAUAUUCCUAAGCUAUCUAAAUAUAUUUCUAUAAAUAAAUCAA